AUGGCGCUCGACUUUAUCGGCACGAUCGACUCGGACGACGAGGGACCGAUUACGCCCAUCGAGCCGCGCGGCGAGUCCAGCAAGCGCGCGUCGGGAGCUUCCACUCCUGCCGCUGCGCCCGCCGACGAGCUGGAUCCCGACUUUGCGUUCGACCUAGGCAAUGCCGGCCCCGGUGUUCUCGACCUUUGGGGCGGCGACGAGGUCAAGGGCGACAAGGGAGAGGCUCCCCUUACUGUGGACGACAUCAUUGCUCGCAGGACGGGCAAGCCCCUCGAGGCGUACCGCGAGCGCAAGAGGAGACGCGCCGAGGGUCUCGACGACGAUGAGGACUCGGAGGAGGAGGAGUCGGGCGACGAUGACGACGACGAGGACAUGGAAGAGGACGAAGAUGAGGACUCUUCCCUCGCAGCCGACGAGAUGGAUGUUGAGGUCAAGCUUCAGGACGAUGCGGACGAGGAGGACGACGACGAGGACGAUGACGAGGAUGACGACAUGGAUGAGGACGACGACGAUGAGGACGACGAUGACGACUCGGACGCCGACUCUGAGGAGGACACUGCUGCUGAGAAGGCUCGCAAGGACGCCUUCUUCUCCGCCGACCCCACCGCCGAGCAGACCGACCUGCCAACUUCGUUCUCGUCAAUGAACCUGUCGCGCCCGAUGCUCCGUGCCCUCACCUCGCUCGGUUUCACUGCUCCCACUCCCAUUCAGUCGCGCGCGGUCCCUCUCGCUCUCCUUGGCCGUGACAUUCUCGGUUCCGCCGUCACUGGUUCGGGUAAGACUGCCGCCUUCAUGAUCCCCAUCCUGGAGCGUCUGUCAUACCGCGACCGUGGCCGUGGUGGCCAGGCGUGCCGUGUGCUUGUCCUGUGUCCCACCCGUGAACUGGCAGUGCAGUGCGAACAGGUUGGCAAGGCCCUUGCUGAGCGCGGUGGCCUCGACGUCCGCUUUGCCCUCCUUGUCGGUGGUCUCAGCCUGAACGCCCAGGCCCACGCCCUCCGCACCCUUCCCGACAUUCUCAUCGCCACCCCCGGUCGUCUUAUCGACCACCUGACCAACACCCAGAGCUUCACCCUCUCGGCCUUGGACAUUCUCGUUAUCGAUGAGGCAGACCGCAUGCUUGAGGCCGGUUUCAACGAUGAGCUCGAGGAGAUUAUCCGCCAGUGCCCCCGCGCUCGCCAGACCAUGCUCUUCUCCGCCACCAUGGACGACUCGGUUGACGAGCUCGUCAAGCUCUCGCUCGACAAGCCCGUCCGUGUGUUCGUCGAUGCCAAGCGCCACACUGCUGCGGGCCUUACGCAGGAGUUUGUCCGUAUCCGCGCCGACGAGCAGCGUUCGCCUUCCCUCAUUUCGCUGUGCAAGCGUACCGUCCACGAAAAGUGUAUCAUCUUCUUCCGCUCCAAGGCCCUCGCGCACCAGAUGCGCGUCGUCUUUGGUCUCUGCGGCAUGAAGGCUGCCGAGCUCCACGGUAACCUCACCCAGGAGCAGCGUCUCAUUGCGCUCAACGACUUCAAGGCCGGACACGUCGACUACCUCCUCGCCACCGACCUCGCCUCGCGUGGUCUCGACAUUAAGGGUGUCGAGACUGUUAUCAACUAUGACAUGCCCGGCCAGCUUGCGCAGUACACCCACCGUGUCGGUCGUACUGCCCGUGCCGGCCGCAAGGGUCGCUCCAUCACCCUCGUCGGCGAGGUUGACCGCAAGAUGCUCAAGGCGGUCAUCAAGCAGGCGGCGGCUGACCAGGUCCGUCACCGUAUCAUCCCCGCGGAAGCUGUCACGGCGAUGACCGCCAAGCUCGACGAGAUGAAGGACGAGAUCACCGAGGUUCUCAAGGAGGAGCGCGAGGAGAAGGCCAUGCGCCAAGCCGACAUGGAGGCCCGCAAGGGUCAGAACAUUAUCGAGCACGAGGCCGAAAUCUUCUCCCGCCCUGCGCGUACUUGGUUCCAGAGCGAGAAGGAGAAGCAGUCUUCCAAGGACGCUGGCAAGCUUGCGCACACUGGCGAGGCCAAGAGGGCUGCGGAGAAGGAGGCCAAGGCGGCCAAGAAGGAGAAGCACGGCAAGUACGACGGCAUGUCGCGUCGACAGAAGCGCCGCAAGAUGGCCGCCGACGAGGACGCUGCCGACCAAGCUGCCUCGAAGAGCAUCGCCGCCGGUAUCCGUAACGCCAAAAAGGCCGGCCGCCCGACCAAGAUCACCGAGGCCGCGCCCAAGAAGACUGCACCCAAGUCCAAGUCGUCGGCGUCCAAGAAGAAGCGCAGCUCGGCGUUCGACGACCACGAGGGCAUGCGCGCAAAGCCCGUCAAGGUCAACCUGGCCAAGAAGGGCCACAAGAACAAGGGCAAGGCCCCGGCCAAGAGGCGCUAG